AUGACCUCCUACAAGGCAGAAAACUUUCCUGAGCUCAAGAACGAUCUCAUUCUCCGUGCCUCCCGAGGUGAAAAGAUUGAACGCGCCCCUGUUUGGAUUAUGAGACAAGCUGGUCGCUAUUUGCCAGAGUUUCAAGAGUUGAGAAAGAACCACAGCUUCUUUGAAAUUUGCCGCACACCUGAACUUGCCUGCGCAUUGACCUUGCAACCCAUUGACCGCUAUGGCAAGCUUUUGGAUGCCUCCAUCAUCUUUUCAGAUAUCCUCGUCAUCCCUCAAGCAAUGGGUCUCGAGGUGCAAAUGGUCGCUGGAAAGGGUCCUGUGUUCCCUGCUCCUUUAGAAACACCCGAGUGUUUCUCUCGCUUGACCGAAAAUGUGGAUGUGGAAAAGGAAUUGGGCUACGUCUAUCAGGCAAUCACCUUGACUCGUCAUAAGUUGGAUGGCCGUGUGCCUUUGUUUGGUUUCAUUGGCGCACCUUGGACAUUGAUGGCAUACAUGAUUGAAGGUGGUGGCAGCAAAACUUUGGCCAAGGCAAAGAGCUGGUUGUGGAAGUAUCCCAAGGAGUCGCAUGCUUUAUUGCAGCGUAUUACAGACAUUGCUGUUGAAUUCUUGGUUGGUCAAGUCAGAGCUGGUGCACAGAUGCUUCAAGUGUUUGAAUCAUGGGGUGGUGAGCUCUCUCCUCAAGACUUCAAGGUAUACUCUCUGCCCUAUAUCAGACAAAUCUCCAGCAAGGUCAAGGAACGUUUGAAUAGCGAGGGAUUGGAUGCUGUGCCUAUGACCAUCUUUGCAAAGGGAUCUUGGUAUGCUCUUGCUGAUUUGUCUGAAUCAAACUAUGAAGUUGUUUCUCUUGAUUGGACUAUCGAUCCCGCUUUUGCUCGCAAAAUGACCAAUGAUAAGGUGGCUCUUCAAGGUAAUAUGGACCCUACUGCCUUGUACGGCGGUUUUGAUGCUAUCCGUGAAAUUGCUACCAAGAUGGUGCAUGCUUUUGGUAAGGAUUCCAGACAUAUCGCUAAUUUGGGCCAUGGUAUCUUGCCUACUGUCGAUCCUGAGGCAUUGAAGGUGUAUUUGGAGACUGUGCAAACCGUCUCUGCAGAGAUCAGAAAGUAA